AUGGUAUUGGUGCAUGGAUGCAAUGCAUGGGUCCUCACCGCACGCUUCACCUCCAGUAUCCCAUUGUCGACCUCGCUCAAGUCCGCGGCUCUUCUAGAGCAGAUGAAGGUCCAUCUCGCCACCGACACUGGAAAGCAGAUCUCCAGCAAGAUAAGCCUCGUCUACCAGCUCAACAUCGCCCCAAAGAAGAUUGGAGUGGAUGAGGGGAUCUACGUUGUCGAUCUCAAGCAAGGAACGGUCACCGAAGGCCCCUUUUUUCCCUUUACAGAUAACGAUUUCCUGUCAAUUGCGACAAGGAAGAUGAACCUGCAGAUUGCAUUCGUCAGAGGAGCGAUGAAGAUUAAGGGAAGUAUAAGUGCAGCUCAAAAGUUCACACCUGAUAUCUUCCCCAAACCAUCAAAACUUUAAACCGAAAGUCUGGUGAUGCUCCCUUUAGUGCAAACUAGUGUAUGCUCAUCGUUCUGCCUGUUCUAGUCUUUAUAAAAUAAAAGAUAAAGGAAAUCAAAAUCAGCUAAAGGUUUGAGUUGCAUCAUUUCACUGAACAAAUCAUACUCUUGUUAUUUGUAGACAUUGUUUUCCUAAAUGAAAUAAUUAUUGUGUUGAGGUAA